CGGGGAAGACACUGUAGCUUUAGUCGGAUUCCCCAAAGGGGUAGAAUCCCGAAGGGUUAACUGAGGCGCACUGGUGAAGCGUCUUUCCAGCCGCGCCGUGGGGAAGGCAACGCGGGCAGGGUAGCGUGGCUUGUGACGAGAGUGGGUGUCAAUCCAGAGGGUGGCGGCCGGCUGGAAAAGCAGGCUGAGCCACCGCGGACUGCCCACGGACAGGAGGGGCUGCCUAUGCCCCGGAAAAGCAUCCUGCUUCCUCCGUGUGCUGCUUUCCCAAGUCAGGUUUCUUGGACCGCAGGUGCCCCCACAGGCCAGAAAUCCUUUCUGGAACCCAUUUUAUCCUUACCUCGGAGCUGUAGACCUCAAGAGGGUUGAUUUGAGACCCGCGAUGCCACAAGAUGUCAUGCGGUGGUUCCAAGUGCCUUGUGCUCUGACUCGGAACCCCGAAGACGUCAGACCCGGGAAAGCGGCAAUAUUCUGGCGUUGGAGAUUGCGGCGUGCUCAGGUGGUUCAGGAGAGGGAUUUCCCAGAACCCAAGCCAGAAAGUGAUUCUGAGGAGGCAUAUACAGAAUACCUGAAGAGCGUCCACUAUAUCUCCCAGGUGCUGCUGGAAGAAGUGGAAACCACCAAAGAAGGUGGAGACACUGUGGCCCUGGACACUUCAAAGAUGCUGAAACUGGCUGAGCAGUGUCUGGAGAGGGCCCAGUCGACAGCUGCCAAGCUCGGGAAAACACACCUGAAGCCAGCCAUGCCCACGGCUGCUCCUGGCCCCUCAUCUACCAGCCGACAUCGCCGGGUAUACUCGGAUGAAGGGGGGAAACUAUCUCCGUUCCUGCCGCCUGAGAUCUUCCAGAAGCUUCAGGUGGUAGAGUCACAGAGUUCUAAGAAGGAGCUGACACCUCUAGAGGAGGCCUCUCUGCAGAAUCAGAAGCUGAAGGCCGCCUACGAGGCACGGAUGGCCCGUCUGGACCCCAGCCAGGCCAUGCAGAAGACAUCCCUGACCUUGUCCCUGCAGCGGCAGAUGAUGGAGAACCUUGUGAUCGCCAAAGCCCGGGAGGAGACACUGCAGAGGAAGAUGGAGGAGCGCCGGCUACGGCUCCAGGAGGCAGCCAACAGGAGGUUCUGCAGUCAAGUCGCCCUGACCCCGGAGGAGCGGGAGCAGCGGGCCCUCUAUGCCGCCAUCCUUGAGUACGAGCAAGACCACGAGUGGCCGAAGCACUGGAGGGCCCAGCUCAAGAAGAGCCCAGGGGACCUGUCGCUAGUGACCAGCCUGGUGUCCCACCUGCUCAGCAUUCCCGACCACCCCAUCUCGCAGCUCCUGAAGAAGCUCCAGUGUGCAGUGUACCGGGCGCUGUACCCCAUCGUGAGCAGGGGUGCCGUGGGUGCUCCUUCCGCCCCGGGCUGCUGCUCCUUGCCCCCGGACGCUGACGGGCUGCUGGCUCCUGGAAGCCGGCGGCUCCGGCCCUCGCAGAGCCUCUACUGCAUGCUGUCCCCAGCGGAGCCCAGCCUGGCCCCGAGGCCCCUGGAUGGCACCCACGCCAGUCCCCCUACGCCCCCUCCCCACGCCGCCCCCCCAGACAGAGGGCCGGACAGCAGCCCUGCCGGGCCUCCCUCACCCUUGACGCACAGCUUGACCGGUGUGCAGGGCAAAGACAGCUCCUUUGAAGACCUCGAACACUUCUUGGCUACUUCUGAGGGGUGGGGCCGGGGGCGUGGGAGGCCACCUGAGCCCCAAACAACGGGGGUGAAGAAGGAGCCGCUGCUGGAGCAGCUGAAGAGCACUGUGAAGGACAUACACAACGCCAUCGACAGGCUGCUCUCGCUGACCCUCCUGGCUUUCGAAGGCCUGAAUACGGCCGCCUCCAAGGACCGAUGCCUGGCCUGCAUCGAGGAGCCCUUCUUCUCUCCACUGUGGCCCCUGCUCCUGGCACUUUAUAGGAGUGUGCACCGCCUCCGGGAGGCCGCCCUGAGCAGGAGCAUGGAACUCUACAGGAAUGCACCCCCAGCCACCAUAGGCAUUCCCAGGAAGCUCCUCCCCCGGGACCUGGAGUCCACAGGAGCUGGUGCCUACCCCUACUGUGCUGCAGCCCAGGAGCUGGGCUUGCUGGUCCUGGAGAGCUGCCCCCAGAAGAAGCUCGAGUGCAUCGUGCGGGUCCUGCGGGUCAUCUGUGCCUGUGCCGAGGAUUACUACCGGACCCAGCAGGCUGCCCCUGAGGCCAGACCCCAGCUGGGCGCCGCAGCCAUCGGUGCCGACGACCUGCUGCCCAUCUUGUCCUUUGUGGUGCUGAGAAGUGGUCUCCCCCAGUUGGUGUCAGAGUGUGCUGCCCUGGAGGAGUUCAUCCAUGAGGGGUACCUGAUUGGAGAGGAGGGCUACUGCCUGACGUCACUACAGAGUGCCCUGAGCUACGUGGAGCUGCUGCCCCGGGGGGCCCUGGGCAAGUAGAGGAGGACAGGACCUGCUGAGGACCAUCCAGGGGUCACCUGCUCUGGGGCGGGGGCAGCAGGCUAGCUGUGGUGGGGCUCUGCAGCUCUCAUACCUGUCCUAACCUGACAUCUGCCCCCAGGGACUUGAGGAGACCCCUCUGUUCGUCAGAGGAUAGAGCGGAGCUGAAGCAGCUCCUAGGAAGGAGGCCCGUGAGAGGCUUUGUGCAGGAACACCAGAGCUAUGGACUCCCCUGGGGCCUGUACACAUGUCCUCACAGCCCCAGCAACUCAUCGAUGGGGGGACCUUAGGCCUGGCAGAGGGCAGGUCUGGUUUCUCUCCCUUCCUAUCCCCGGUGUCAGCUUCCAGCCCCAGUGUCUUGUUAGAGUCAAGGAGAGAGCCUGUCCCCACCCCUGCCUCCCACCCAAGGCCUGGGACCCCAGGUGGUUUGAAACUGUACUGUUUACUUAUUGGGCACUGACCACUCCAGUCUCCUCUGGAGCCCAGGCACCCCCAGGGCACCCACCCAUGUCUGGGGCCUCUGAGCCACUCAGGCCCUUGGCACUGUAGGCAUUGGACGUGCUGGGACCCCCGGCCAAUUCCCAUCCCUGCAUGUCCCCUUCUGGGUCAAUGUGAACCUGAGGGUCAGUGACUGCCUGCAGCCCAGUGUCCACUCUGACUGUUACAUGUCCCGGGCAGCCACUGACACAGCCAAAAAUAAAGAGGUCACUGACGUCUCAUGCUGCACAGCUCGCGUGCUUGCCAUUCCACUGGCUGCGUGAAGGCCCGAGUAGCACAACCCUCUCCCAUGCUGGCCAGCAAGAGCCAGACUGUCCCAGAGACCACCUCCCAGACCCUCUGGGGCCGCACCCCUCUAGGACAGGACAUGCUCUGCAUCCUGCGUGGGAUGGGCAGGACCUGGGACUGGACCUCUUGGCCUGAAGGGCUCUUGGGAAGCAUCUUCAUUCUCCAGAUGGGAAAUAUGUGGGUGCCCUGAGUUGUGAUCUGUGUCGCCCCUGAAGAGGAGAAAGCAGGUAGCCCAGCCCCAGCUGCAGGCAGCAUCGGCCAGGGAAGGAGGGACCCCUGGCAAACCUGAGUUCCCACCGAGGCAGGUGGUUUAGGCCCAGCCACACCAGGGGCCAGUUACGGGAGCAGUGUGCACGUUCCCCAGAAAAGGCUCUUAUGAGACAGCAUCGGGAUUUGGUGGUUAUUGGGCACUCUGCAGGUCUGUCUUCCCAGGAAUUCCAUGAGGAACCAAGGCAGGAACAGGGGAAGCACCUUCCCUAGGCUACAUGUCAUGAUGGCAGAGCUGGGCUUGAGCUCAGCAGGCCAACUCAAGAGGCCAGUGGGCACCUGCGGUCAAGACCCCACGGUUGGGGCUGGGCCCAGUGGGGUGGGGCAGGCCAACCUGAAUCCCUGGGGUCCUUUGCCUGUCAGUGCCCCCAGAGCAGAUAAUCCAGCAUUCACCCAACACCUUGCCUUUGUUCUCCACCCUUGCCUGCCCUUGGCCCCCCCUGACAUUCUGCUUAUGCUCUUGUAAGUGUAGAGUUCUGAGUAACCCAGACCUGGAUGAGACCACCAGCCAACCAUGGAGCCUUGGGAAGAGGAGGUAACAUCCAUGCUUCAGUCCUUGGCACGGACAUCUCAAGGAUGGGAUUUUAAAGGCCCCUUCAUAGAGCAGAUAGAGGAUGAAGGUGUGUCUUCAGCUAAGCCUGAUAGUGGACAUACCUGUUG